AUGCUUGCAUUCUAUCUACUGUCCUUGCCGCUAGCCCUCGCAGUGGUGGCCGUCUCCGCAGCUGCCGUGGCAACGACAAAGGGAUGUAACCGCCAAUGCUUAACGAAUAUGGUCGAUGAGAUCCUGACGUCCAUGGUCGCACACAACCCGGAUAUCUUACCUCUUGCAGAUCUAUACAAGGCAACCGAGAACUCGCAUCCAGCAGCGCUCACUAUGAUGCAGUCGUGGCGCACGAUAGUUUCAGCGGGCGAGCCCAGUCUACUAGCAAUUGACGUGAACAACGGCUCAGCCUACUUCGCUCUCGAUAUCAAUGAAGGCGACCCCUAUGCCCCGAAUAUCCUUCGCGGAAGAAUCGUCGUCUUCAACGACACGCUCACGGAAAUCGAAUUGUUCAUCCACCGCUCCCGUGGCGAUCACGGCUUUUCCUUCUCUCCAGAGCAACUUGCCAACAAUUCCGCGGUAGUGAUGGAUGUUCCGUCGAAUGCGACACUGCCCACCCGCGAGGAGUUAAUGACAAUCAGCAAAGGUCUCUUCAACGGCGCGGACUACGAGAACAACUUGACCAUCGCCGAUAGUUGCCAAUUCACGGAAAUUGGCUGGCUAGUCCCGAAUGACCACGGCCCUUACGGAAAUGGUACAUCGUACGGCCCAGCUGGCUGCGAGAUCGGGUGGACUGAUGGUCCUUUUGACACGAACGCACGGGUAGGCUUAGUCAUCGACGAGCAGUUGGGCCUCGUGGUACAAAGUGGCAUGAUCCCCGGUGUCGUCUACGCAUACCGCAACUUAUCAGCUUUCAUCCCCGACGCCUUCCCUGGCGGCCAAAACCAAUCAGUGCAGUGGACCAAGGAUUACCUCGGCGAUUACCCGCUGCUGUAUGCGUUCGGAUCUACUGGAGAGACUAUGGAAGUGCUCCAGUACUACAACGGUGCCCUUCAGGCUAUUCAGAUCAAUGUCUUCAUGAAUCCUCCGAACGCGACAUCGGCCUGGUUGUCAAUGUAAGCGCUAUUGAUGUGUUGAAAGCCCGAAGAGCAUACACCAAAAGUU